CCGAGGAGUUCCGAAUGUAAAAACUGUUGUCUGUUACUAACUAGAUAAAGGUGAUUGACCGGUUUGGUUAAAGGUCAUUUGAUAGUGAUUACCACAUUUAAGUCGACAAUACGGUUAAAGAAUAAGAUGGCAAACUAUUUGAAACCUGUUGCAGCUGUGUUGAUACCCAACAUCGGAGGUUUUCUUGGUGGGUUCGUCACGCGGAAAGAAGUGAGGCCUUCGAAGCCAGGGGAGGUGUCCUGGUAUAUGGCCUUGAAGAAGCCAUCAUUCCAGCCCCCUAGUUGGCUGUUUGCUCCAGUGUGGACAGGGCUGUACUGCUCAAUGGGGUACGCUUCCUACAUGAUCUACAGGGAUGGGGGCGGUUUCAGUGGCGAUGCCGCCCUGCCCCUCGCCCUCUACGGCACACAGCUGGCUCUCAACUGGGCAUGGUCUCCCCUCUUCUUUGGGCAGAAAAAACUCGGACUGGCGCUUUGUGAAAACAUGCUAUUGUGGGGGUCGAUAUUGGCCACCAUUGUUGCCUUCCACCAGGUGAACGCCGACGCUGCCCACAUACUGCUGCCCUAUCUCGGCUGGGUGUCAUUCGCAAACUUCCUUAACUUCAAAAUUUGGAGGCUUAACAAGGACAGAAAAGACUAGACUCACAUUGCUUAUCCAGGCCAAAAAUUAUAUCACGUCCAUUUAACCACACCAAGCAAAAAAUGGACAUUGUCGUAGGCUUUUAGCAUCACAUCCAAUGUUUUACACAAAGAAAAAAACAUUAAUAACCUUAAUGUUAUCAACACAUAAGCAUCGCCAAUCUUUUUUGUUUGUUUUUACAAGCAACUAUGAUGUCAUAUUUAUUGCUUACAUUGUUUAUGCAAAAAGAUCUAUUUUUGCUUGUUAUGGUUAAAAAGUAGACAAUGGCAGUUGUAUAGGUAUAAAAAGUGUGUAUACUGUAGUGUGUGAUACAUUUAUUCCAAUACAUGCCUUUAUUACUGUUUCGAUAGCAUUCUUUUAUACUGGUUUACGGUUUUGUUAUGAAAUAUUACAUGUAUUGUUAUAUGAUGUUAAGGUACUCCUAUAUGGGCUUAGCUUCCUACCCAGGCCAAACAAAUAAUGAGUUUAGGGCAAUGGUUUCGAGAAUGCUAGGUAGGGUAGGGACAUUUUUUAUUUUUUUUAAUUCAGUCAACAGCUAAGCAUAAUUUAGUCUUGAAAGUUGAAUGCUUACCUGAUGACAUUUAUAACGAUAUAUAUUGUGUAUUUACUCAGUCAUCGAAAUUAGACUUUUGGAUGAACAAGCCCGAAUUCUUAUACUAUUGCUUGGCAUCAAAUUUUUGAACAAGCCCUAUUAUAUACUGUGAAAUCAUUAAUGUUCGUGGGGCAUUAAUGUUCGUGGUUUUCGUGGGUUAGGUGAUCCACGAAUUCAAGAUCCCACGAAAUAUAAACCCAUUUAUUCACUUUUUCAAUUGCCUUGUUACGUACAUACUCUAGUAUAUUAUUUACAGAGGUCGCAGUAUACAGUGUUAAAACCUGUCUCACUGUAUAGCUUACAAUCAUUAUUCUGUUAAUAUAUUAUAACUGCCUUUAACAAAUAAUGAACCAAAUCAAUUAAAUGUGUUUUAUGCAGCAAAUGACAGUUAUAAGCACGUGUUUAAACGUGUGCUGUUAAUGAAAAUCUCCAAGUUUACAAGAUGUGCGUGAUGAGUGUCUGUACUCGAUUUUUUUUAUUUAAUGAAAUAAUUAAUCGAUUACUAGUACAUUGAAGGUUACUAAGCACCGAACGUGACAAUAUACGCACCUUUUCGGUGUUUUCACAGUUUGCAAAAUUCUUAAUUGGCAUUAAAUGGCUUCCGCUAUCUGUAUUCAUGAUCAGGGUACAUCUUCUUUUAUUACCUUUAUUCCCAAUUAAAUCGAUAAGUGACAUGGGUAUAUGCACUAAUUGGCAUGUCGUACCACAUUAGCGAGUGUCAUAAACCGAGUGACGUAGAAGACGGAAAUCACGGGCCAGCGCGUGGAAAUUAUGCAGACGAUCUAGGACGAUUGCAUCUUCGAUUUUUUUUUCAAAAAUGAAAAUCCACGAAUUUAAGUACCCACGAAAUUGUUUUUUUUCGGCAAACCACGAAAUUUCAUGCCCACGAACAUUAAUGAUUUCACAGUAAAAUUCAGAAUUUGAGCAAGCCCGAAAGACAUUUUACCAGUGCAGGGCUUGCGGGCUUGUGUAAAUUUUGACCACUGUUUACUAAUUAAUACUAAUGGAUUUCACUGUCAACAAUGAAUAAUAAUGGGAGAGUCUGACAUUUUUGUUUAUCAAAAAAUAUCUCAAGGGUCAAGGUGUUUCGCCAGGUAGGGCUGGGUUGCCCUAAAUACAGGCCCCAAUUUCUUAAAACAUCUUAAAUCUCUUAUAACAGGAUAAAGCUCAGCACGCUAUUUCGAUUUGGUGUAACUUGUGCGAUUUUCUCUUUAUUAAGAGUUUUGAGGCUUUUUAAGGAAAUAAUAUUUAAGACAUAUUAUAUGAUAAACUACUAGCUGUUUCAUAAAAUCAUAUUUAUGUAAGUAAUAUUGCUAAAUGAAAUAAGAUACUCAAGUGAGUUACGCUUAAGAGUUUUCGAGGAAUGGGGGCUAGGUAUAUUAUUUUUUUAGGCCUUACUAACAUGUAUGAACUGGAACAUUUUAAUAUUCCCGAACCCGAGCACGGAGAUCAUCACGCAAGGGACCAGUGCGGCAAUGCAAACGACCUCAGAGAUGUGGGCGGAGGCCCCGGGAAGAGUUCUUUUUUCUUUGUUAGGGAUGUCCUCCCUGGAAUCUGUCAGAAUAAGACAUGGCCCCAAUAACCUAAAUAAUGUUAAGUCCCUUACAACAGGAUCAAGCUUAGCCCACAAUUUUUCUUAUUAAAUGUAUAAAUUGUUGAAUUUUCUUCAUUUUAUCAUGAUAAACUAUGUUUGAUUUAUAAAAUUAAGGUUGAACAAUUCAUAAGCAGGUAGUCACUCCUGACAGAAGAAGCUUUCAACCAAUGAAACAAUAAUUGCACAACCACAUUACUUGGUUGAGAAAUUUGAUGUACCAUCAUGACGUGUUUGUUUUUCUAUGUUGUGUUAAAACCAAAUUUGGAUAAUAAUUAUGCUGUUUAGUGAUCGUGCAAUAAAUGUCUUGGUGCAGUGAACAUAAUAUUAUUUAUUAAGUGAUGUCUGAUUACCAGUAUAUGUAUUUUAGCGUUAAAUUUUGUACAUUUUGAAAUAUAUACUGAUCAUUAAACAUAUUGGAGGACGGUUAUACCCAUGGAAUGUACCUACUGAUAGUAGUGUUUUUUUCUGACCCAUUUGAGACUGAAAUUCGGUUCCAUUUCUAAUGCUAAAACAUUAUUUUUUCCCAAAUACCAAACACCUUACGAUAGAAAUUCAUUGGUAUUCGUUUUUAAAGAAAAAUGGUUUUUAGUAUCCGCAUUUCUUUGGAAAUCUAAGCUUAUGAUUAAAUUUGAACAUAUUUGAGGACAGAACCUUAUACGCAUGAGAUUUAGUUACUGAUAGUCGUGUUUUUUCGCACCCAUUUGAGGCAGCAAUUUGGUCCCAUUUCUAAUGCUGUUGGUUUUCUUUUUUUUUUUAAAGGUUCUUAGUAUCCAUAUUUUUAAAGAUUACGCAAAUUUAUAUGAAAAUUGCCUACGUUUUAAUCAUCCAUUAAGAUUUGACCAAGGGGGAGUACUGUUUUAAAGUUUAUUCCUUCAAGUAAACAGGGUUAUACAAAAAUGUUUGUUAGUUUUUUGUUUUCAAGAACAUGUAUAUCAUUCUUGUCAAUAAAUAUACAAAACAAGU